AGUAGAACAAUCAAGUCAAGGAUCGCCGUCCGUUGCAACGCUGCAUUAUCACAGAAGAAAUGAGCAGCAGGCUCCUCUAUGAUCCGCAUCCGAGGACGACGAAGAAGGCAUCCGCGUCUGCUGCCGCGGUGCAGCUUCUCCUGCGCCGCAGCGGGAGCGGGAGAGCUGCGGCCAAGGACGAGAGCAUCGAGUUCUUCUCCGCCCUACGGGAGUGCCAGCAUGACCGUCGCGUCUCCGGCCAAAUCGGGAUAGGACCAGCCGAUCGGAGGGGAAAGGCGAGGCGGAGCGGUGGCGAAACGGAGCUGCUAUCGACAGAAACCGGGAAGCACGACUACGAUUGGCUUCUGACUCCUCCGGCGACACCUCUCUGUUUCCCGGUGGCUACUAGCGGCACCACGGCGGCGCUGAACCGGCUUACAAGAGCUACAUCAGCGUCAUAUGCUAAGAGUAAUUCGCCGCUCUCCCUGACACGCCGGGAAAAUGGGAACCCGACGUCGAGGCUGGCGAGGAGCAGCUCCGCGUCGCACUCCUCCUCGGUCAACACGUCGGCGUUCGCAUCGUCCUAUCGCCCGUCGCAAGUCAGGACACUGUCGUCGGCAUCUUUGUCGUCGAUCAACGCCCCAAGCAACGCGUCCAGGAGAUCCACGUCGUCAGGGUCCGCGGCGACGAGCCCACGCACGCCGGCCACGGCAAGGAGCGCCGCGGCGGCCUCUUCUCCGACCCGUUCCCAGGGCAAAGCACAGGUGUCCUCCUCUAGCUCCGGCGCCGCGAGGCAACCAAUGGGAUCGUCGUUGUCAAACUCCAGGCCCUCGGCGCCGACGAUCGCGCGGCCACGCGCUCCCACGACCGCUGCCUCGAGCCUCAAGUCAACCAGAGUGGCCUCAGAGCACCCCACACAAACAACCAGACGUGGCGCCAAUGCAGUGGCACGUUCGAGGUUCGCGAGCCAGCUGAGUUCCGCAAUGUCAACGGCUCAGCCCGCGCAAAACGACGUGCGCUCCAGUAUCACCAAGCCGCGAUCUGCGCCGACGGCCGUGAAGCAAUGCCACGGCAACGGGGCGGCGGCGAUGAGCAGGACAGCGUCGACCCAGAGUUGGCUCUCUGCCUCUCUCAGCGCGUCGAGAGGAGAAUUGUUAGCCAGUAAAGGAGCAUCACGGAGCGGUGACUACAGCCGAAAGAUCAAGGUCACACCGCCUCGUCAAGCCGCCGGCCUCGCCUCAGCCGCCACGAGCAGCGGCCUCACGAGGACCGGCUCUCGGAAGUCGGCAAACGCCGACGCGAAGCGCGCGGUGAACGAGGACCUCAGACCGACUGUCCAGCACCGGAGCAUGCACUCCUCCAUAGCGUCGAGAAGCCGCCUAGGAUCCGCGUCCACGAGCUCAGCCGCCGGCUCGAUCGCCAGGGGCCGCCGGGCCACGACUCAGAAAGGCAAGGCCACGGUCACCGCGCGGGUGACCGGGGCGGACGCGUUCCCGAGCACGCGGUACGACGCCAUGCUGCUACGGGAGGAUCCCAAGAACCUUACGUGGCUGAACGGAUGCGGCGAAGACGACGGCGAUGAAGACGGAAUUUGCGGUGUGGGUUUGGUCGAGGGCUCGCUGGAGCUGGAGCCGUUCAGCGUGGCGGUCACUGGGACGAGCGGUGCAGCGGCGUGAUUCUGAAUUUGCCGCCAAUUUGGCUGGUAAUCACUGCAGUGUACAUAACUCUGUUCGGGAAUCAGGAGCCAGAACAUGGGAUUUUGAAUGGACAUGGUUGAA